AUGUCGUGCGUGCCGCUUGGUGUGCUAACCGCAUCUCAAUACGUACGGUUGCGGGCACCGGCAAACUACACAGCUGUGCGCUAUGGUCAAGACAGUGAUCAAUCGAGCUCACAUAUGACCAUACAAGGCAGCUCCUCAUCUCGAUCCAUUCCAACGAUCAACAACGAAAUAUCCGAUAGUUUGGGCACUCGUAUGAGUCCUUUUUCAAGCCAUAAUACAAUGCAGCCGCACACACAGUCUGCAGGAAAUGAAUGUGUGGGUGGGGGUCUACCAGGAGUCUUCCUCAUACAAUCAAUCGCUGACUCACUGGUCAACUGGCCUGAAAUGUCGGAAAUCGAGCUCUUCCCCCUAUUCGAUCGCCUGAUACGCUCCUCCGAUAGCGAUGAUACAACCGGGCAACGGUAUCGAACAGAGGCCAAGUCCUGUAUACCAGCACUCGCAGGCAUUCUGGAUGCUGCAGGGAAGCAGACGGUGGACUACACAUCGCAACUGCUAGUACAGUGUCUCACCAGCCUGCGUUUCAUUACUAAAGGCGAUCCCUACAACAUCACCAUAGCGACCAACCUGGACGUGCUGAUCAGCUGCCGCAACAUCAUGCGUCACUUUGCGCACGACGCGAGCGUGCAGCGGUACUGCUGUAUGAUUUAUCGGUCACUGACAUUCAACCGCGCAGACAAUCAGCGCCUGGUGGUAGAAAUUGGUGUAGUGCCUCUGAUCUACAAGGCCAUAGCGAAGUUUCCGGAUAGCCCUGAAGUUCCGGCGGCAGCGUUCAUGUGCAUACAAAACAUCACCUGGCUGGUGGAAAGCAACCGCAACUCCAUAGUCACAGACGGGGGACUGUUGAUUAUCAUUGACUCUAUGCGCGCUCACAGCGACAACGUCGAUGUGCAGAAGUGGGGCUGUGGAGCUUUGCAGAACCUUGCCUGCUGCUUUCAGUGCACGUCCCUUCUGAUACAAAAGGGCUCGCUCCGUCUGGUGCUACAGGCCAUGGCUACACACCUGGCGGAUCCCAUAGUGCAGAACUACGGCCUGGGUGUGCUGAGGAACAUUUCGUAUCUGAAAACCAACCGCGUGUCUGUGGCUGACAGCGGCGCGUUUGAAACCGCGAUCACUUCGCUGGUAAACUACAGCGCUGAUUUGGACGUGCAAAACAGCGCGUACUCGUUCCUGCUGAACUCAGUGAUAGAUGUACCGGAGAACAAGGCCAAAAUCCUGCGGUUUGACGCGCUUUUGCCCGCGAUAUUCCGCGCGCGCGCGAGGUUUCGCGACGAUAAACGCUUUGCGGAUAAGGUGGCGGUGUUAUUGGAUCAGUUGUCGGACCAGGGAAAGAGUCACUAUAUUGUGCUGGAACGCGACAUCGAACCCUUGUCGCUCUUCGAAGUGUCUCUGCGCAGAAUGGCGCCGCUCUCGCCCUCCGACGACACACUGCUAGGGCGUUUGGGGGGUAGUGGGUUAAGCAGUUGUGACCCACGUGCACAUACGAACCACGUGUACACCCAUGCCACACCCCUGAUGUCUGGGUCCUUGGAUGAGUGUGUGCUCAACGGGCACUGUGGCCACAGGGAGCGGGACGGCGUAAUUAUGAGCGAUCUGAUUGAGCGAGAGACCGUGGCCCAAUCAAAACCGGGCGAUAAGGAAGUCUCACGCAGACCGAGCGCUUCUAUGCAUGGGAUCCGCAUGGGCGUGUGUGAUGUGUGUAAGGGUGCGUAUCUGAACUCGUUGGUGUUGGCAACGAAGGCUAAGGGUGAGAGAUGGCUGCUGCACCGAGUGUGCGGGCGACGCUGUCACAGCGCAAUGAUUAAAGCAGUCGAUCUGACCCAUAACGGUGGCAACCUCGCAACGUUCCAACCAGCAUCAGCUGAAGACGAGCCGCUCAUACCACUCCCGGCAUGA